AUGGAGAGCGGCAUGAUCGGCAAUAUCUGGUCACCCACAGCCGUCGGAUCUCCUAAUGUUCUCUCCCCGUCCGCGGCUCUUGUGACGCAGCCGAACUGUAGUAACCCUAACGCCCACCGCCCCGCGGCUACUAAUGCGCCGUGCAGCAACAAUGCUGAUGACUCGAAACCGAAGAGGAGUCGCGCUCUCGUGCGACGUUGCGACUCUGCGUCGGCUGCGGAUGUGUCGCACGUGGUCGUUGGCGCCGCAGGGCCUGGGGCCGCGCCGCCCUCCCUCGGCACUGCCGGCAGGAGCAGGACGAACACCGAGGCACCUCGAAUCGUGACGCCGUCUCAGAUCUCCCCGCCGGCGGCCCUCGGUACAACCGUUGCCGCCGGCGCCGGCAAGAGCAGGACGACGGCUCGGUCGCACAACCGGACGCGCUCCGUCAGCUGCAUUCAGAGCAGCGGGCUCGAGUUCCACUUCCCCUUGUCGCUCGCGCAAGGCGCGCAAGUCGGCGCGCAAGUCGUCGCGCAUGGCGGAGCGGAAGGACGCGCAAAAGAUGCGAUUACCUCUCCGCCAACUGGCUCUGCCCCUUCCGGCGCCGCAAACGACGGGAAGGUCAAACUCACCCGCGCUCUCACCGAGCGUAAUGGCACGAGUGCCGCGAGUGGCACGGGGAGUGGCGCAGGGAGUGGCGCGGGGAAUGGCGCGGCGGGGUCGCGGCGGGAGUUCACUCGCAGCCGAACCACCUCAGAGCGAGUGGGUGACUUCGACACUCCGCAAUCUCCGCGAGCAACCACCCGCACCCGCAGCCGCAGCCCGAUAAGCUUCGCGGCUUCCCCCGAAACGCAGCGCCUUCCACCUCUCGCCGCCCGCUCGGAACCGGAUCCUGCGGCGGCGCCGCCAGCGCCCUCCGCAGCGCCCUCUUCCGCAGCUCGCCGUUUCCCCGAUCUGUACCCAGAUUGCGGCGAUACCGAUGGUAGCCCGCGCGACCCGCGCCGCAAGAGCGACUCGGAUGCCUCCGUCGAUGACCUAUACCCCAGCUCAGGCGCUGUCUUUCCGCGAUUUGCCUCCAUCGGCGACGUUUCAAGCGCCGAGGCCUCAGACAUUGUCGGUAACGAUAACGCUAACCGUAACGCUAACGCCAAGAAAAAAUUGCAUCCGGCGUUAUCCCGUCGCUCCCGCUCUGCGGGCUCUCAGUCAGCCGCCGCAUUGGCCGCUAGUAUGGGUGUCUCUCGCGGUGAAGCGGUGGCUGGCGCAGAUGUCGGCGGAUCGCGCACGGGACCGUCUGUAGUGCAGCUCGCGCCGCGGAUGGGCUUUGUGGAUUGGGCGGGAAUCGGCAGCCCGAAAACGGGCGGAACUGCCGGCGGUGCCAGCUUCGGCGCCAGUAGCGGCAGCGCCAGCGGUGGCGGCAGCAGCGGCGGCGGCGGUGGCAGUGGCGCGAGCAAGCUGAGGUUACAACCGUUGGACAGCAGCAAGUCGCCCUCUUCCGCCAGUCCAUCCCCGCGCUUCCCCGUAGCCAUUCCCUCCCCUUCCGCCGCCUCUCCGCUACCCGCGGGACCAAUGCCUGGCUCGCGGAGCCUCCCCCCUGCCGCUUUCCCAUAUUCUACUGGUGCGCCCCCGCUCUCCCCGCUUGGCCGCGCCGGCACUGCCGUAGUUCCCCGCCCCACCCAUCGCCGCGCCAUAAGCGCCGCGCAGUUGUCCCCGCGUGUGCCUUCCCCGUCUGCGCGCCUAGUGCGCCCGCCGAGCUCGCCUUCUGUCGCGGGGAAGGCGUCAGGUGCAGCCGCGCCCGUUAUCGCCGCCGCAGCCGCAGGGGGAACCAGUCGCUCCGCGUCCGCAUCCGCGUCCGUGCCCGCGGUCGCACGCUCUUCUCCCCGUGCGCGCAUCGCGCAAUCGACGACGGGGCCUUCUUCCGCGGCACGCGAAGCUACGGCGGAGGAUGGUGGUGCAUACGCGGAGAGUACCGGCGCAACUGCGAAUCGCGCGGGGAAGCCAACGCCGAUGCUGAAGCCAGUGCCGCGGAGCAUGAGCGCAGAACCCGCGCUUGCGCUUCCCGUGCUUGCGCAUCCCGUGGGACUGGAGGGGCAGGGGGCGCAGGCAAAGCAGCAUCAUGUGGGGCAGCAGCAGCAGCAGCAGCAGUUGCAAGGCAGCAGUCGCGAGCAUGUGGGGAACUACCGCCGCGCUGCCCCCUCGCCUCUCGCGGUUCCUACGCGGCGCCGCAACAGCAUGUCCAGCAUGCCGCAGGGCGACGCAGCUUCAAAUUCCGCGCGUGCGGGAUCGGCCGCGGCGAAUGGCGGCGUGCGUAUCGGAAGCGCUAGGGGGCAGGGUUCACCAUCCGCAGGCGCAUGGCCCGCGCGCAGCCCUGUGGGGACGGCUGGGGGAAGGUUGGAGGGAACUACGAAAGGGGGAGGCGGGGGGAGCAGUGGGGAGAAAGAGGGGAGAGAAGGGAAGGCGGGGAAUGAGGGGAAGGAGGGGAAGGGAGGGAGGGUGCUGCACCCCCAGGCGCAGAAUAGUCCGAGGAGGGUGAGCUUUAGUGGGUAUGUGGAAGUGCAGGAGUAUGUGAGGGAUAGUGAGGGGAGGGGGAGAACAAGAGGGCGAUAG